AUGGCUGAAGACCUAUCCCACAUCCCUGAAAAUGCCCUGCUGGAAAUCAACAGAAAAGUCUUUGUUUACAACUCGGCGCGUGCUGUUUUUUACGCACCAAGUGAUGUUUCUGGUAUUGGUGGGAUGCAACAUGAGUGGAUCCGUUCAGUCAAAUCCUGGUAUGGUGGUUCCGCACGAUGUGAUUGUGUUUUCAUUGGGAAGUCGGAGGAGCCUGGGUUUCGUGGGCUCCAUGCCGCACGUGUCUUUCUUUUCUUUUCUUUCAAGCACGAUGAGGUUACUUAUCCAUGUGCACUUAUUCACUGGUUUUCACCAGUUCGUGAUACCCCUUGCGAGGAGACAGGUAUGUGGAUUGUUGAGCCUGACUGGCUUCAUGGUGGCAAGCCGUUCCUUGAGGUUAUACACUUAGAUUCUAUUUUAUGA